AAUUAUCGUGCCGACGGAUCGUAUACUCCUAGCCUCCUCCCCCCGCAGGCCGCAGCGCCUCCUCCGGCUAUAAAUCCCGGCCCCAAAUCCACCCGAUCCGGAUGCGCAAACAACGAAUCGCCGGACUCGUCGCCGCCCCCGCCCUGCUCGUGCUCGUUGCCCUCGCCGUCUCGUCGUCCUCCCGCAGCGCGCACAAGGAGCCGUCCAUGGCGGACCGCGGGACGCUGGCGGGCGGCAUCACGGAUGUGCCGCAGGGCGAAAACGACAUCCACCUCCAGGAGAUCGCCCGCUUCGCCGUCGACGAGAACAACAAGAAGACCAAUGCUCUUCUAUCCUACGAGAGGAUUGUGAAGGCGAAGACGCAAGUGGUUGCUGGCGCGAUGUAUUAUCUCACUAUUGAGGUGAAGGAUGGGACAGCCAAGAAGCUCUACGAAGCUAAGGUCUGGGAGAAGUCAUGGGAGAACUUCAAGGAGCUGCAGGAAUUCAAGCCCGUUGAGGAGAGCAGCGCUUGAGGAUCUCUCUAGACUUCCACGUCCAAUUGCUGCCUGAAGCGUGAAACAGACUUUCAGAAUAAGGAGCUGGUUCGGAUAUAGCUGUGUCAUUGCGAGCUCCCUUUGUGUGAUAUCAUAAAAUUACCGUGCCCUUUGUGUAAUAUCAUAAACAACGGUGCCCUUUGUGUAAUAUUAUGAAUAAUGGUGCUGUGUAUUCACCACGCCUCAUGAUGGAAUUCUUAUAUAAAGCAAGUCUUCAACUAGGAGCACAUUGGUCAA